AGAUGUGCAGCUGUGCUUAUAAAUUCAAGGUUUCUUAGUCAUUUAUUAUACGAAGACCAAACCCGCAGUGAUUUUUGUUCCAACUCAGAAACAUAAAUUAGAGGUCAAUGCAAAGAUAACAUACUCGAGUUAUCAAAGCUCAUCAAAAUUCCAAGAGCAGAACAUCAAAAUGCUUCCUCAUUGUAAGACCACAAUUUAUUCAGUAGUAAAUGUGACAUUUUUUUUCCUAUUUAUAUCAAAUACCUUCGCAAAAAGUGACCAUUCGAGUGAAGAAGAAAAUAGUCAAGUUGGAAGUGAGAAAGAAACUGCUACUCUUAGUUUAAAGAAUUUCACGUACGCUCUUCAUAAUAGUUCAAGUAAUGAUAUGCGAGGAAAAUCGAAAGAAGUUGAUUGUUUUGGACUUGGACCUGCUUUUGCCAAAGCACUGGAAUGGCUUUUUCUGAAAGAGGAUCUGAAAAAACAUCCACUUUUAGCACAUUUUUAUAUGGUGACAAGAAAACAACCAAAGAGAGUCCAUGUUUUGGUUGGCGAUCAGUUUGGACUAGAGUGGACUGAUUUUGACAUCCGUCGUCAAACUGUUGUGAUUGUUCAUGGAUUUUUAGCAAGUGGUAAUGAAGAGUGGAUUCAUGAUAUGGAAAAAGGAGUACUUUCAUGGAGUGACGUCAAUAUUAUAAUCGUUGACUGGAGUGAAGGCAGCAAUACCUGGAAUUAUUAUAGAGCAGCAGUCAAUACAAAAGUCGUUGGCUCGCUAAUAGCACAGCUUUUCGAGCAGAUAGAAAAUGCAACAAUACACUCUAACGGGCCGGCUGCACCUGAAUGGGGAAAACUUUAUUUUAUUGGACAUAGUCUGGGUGCUCAUAUUGUUAGCUAUGCAGCAAAUUCAGUAACGAAAUUACCAAAUAACUGGAAAGUCGAAAGGAUAACUGGAUUAGAUCCUGCUCAACCGUGUUUUCGUAAUGUCGAUAAGGAUUUACUAUUGGACAAAAGUGAUGCCCCUUUCGUUGAUGUGAUUCACACUAAUGGAAAAUUAUUGACCAGUAUAGGACUGGGGUUACCGGAAGCAAUAGGUCAUGUCGAUUAUUAUCCAAAUGGUGGUAAAACACAACCAGGAUGCUCACGGGUAAAAUUAGGCCGCUUUCCUAUACCAAUUCCAUCAAACGUGAUUACUCAAGCUAUAUGCAGCCAUGGUCGAUCCUAUAUCUACUUUACCGAAUCAAUAGUCACAUCAAUACAACAAAAUUGUACUUUUUGGGCCCAUAAUUGGGACUUGACUUACAGACGUGCAGUUGCAGCUGUAAAUGAAACAUGCACUCAUGAUAAGUGUUCAGAAAUGGGAAUUAAUUCAAUAAAUCAUCCCCAACGAGGAACGUUUUUCACCCUCACUUCUGGGAUCAUUCCUUACUGCAGUGUCAGCGAGUCAGACAAAGAGGAUGUUUUGCGUAAACUACGUGAGGAACUACAUAAUGAAGUUGAUGACUGAUUUAUUGAUUAAUUAUUAUUAUUUAUCAGGUUAUAUGUAUAGAAACGAAUAUCUUGUCCUCACUCAUUCAAGAAAAUUGGUAUUUUUUGCAAAUCAAUUCUUCAGUAUUUUUUACUUAAUAAUGUAAUUAUGUACAGUUUAGGAAUAAUUAUAGCUUUCAGCUUGGUUUUUAAAACGCCUCUGAGAUAGAUAUAAAUAUUUAUAUUAAACAAGACUUAUUUUAUUGCAGGGUGCCCAUUUAAAAACAAAUAACCCCUAUUUUUUAUAUAAUUAUUUGAACGACUGAAAAAUCCCGAAAAAUCAAAUUUACGACACUGUAAAAUUUCAAAAUU